UAUUUGGGCAACCUAGGUUUUGGAAGAAAGUCACGAUAGUCUUAGAGGAACGGUUCUUUUAGGGUUCUUUACCUCAACCACGGGUUCACUGAGCGACACCCCAAUCUCCAGUUCUCCACCCUCUCCGGCCUCCGCCACAAACCCCCCACCCUCCGCCGGCAUCUCCGCUUUAUCACACUCCGCCGAUCAAGACGACGCCAUUCGCCUUCUCAAAAAUUCAAUUGUUUCCAGAUUACAAGGCCUAAAGCGGAAGGCGAAUUUGAUGAAAAAAUUUGAAGCAAGAAGUUGUGGUAAUUUGAAAACAGGGUGGGAGUAGUUGGAAAUAAUAACACUUUGACUGCGUUUUAGCAUGCGAUAGCCCAAUUUCUGGAUAGAACUCAUGGAUUCACAGACCCAAAAUGCAUCUUUGCUACGUCUCCAAACUGUUGAGAAGAGGAUUGUUCGAGUAUUGGAACUCGCUGGUGGGGUGAUGGAAGAAUUCUCAAACCCUAAUGGACCUCGGAAGGAAUUGGUCAACAGUCACUGCAGUGAGUUCAUGCAAAUAAUCAAGGAUAUACAAGUGACUCUGAGGGAAGAAAUUAAAAGCGCAUGUGAGUACCGUCCGUUUGAGAAAUGCGAUUACAUAGCGCGAGUAUCAAAUGAAAUCUGUUGCAAGAAACUUGAAUAUGUCGUUGACAAAUUGGAUGGCAUGAAAGAAAUAAUGGACCAAUAUCAUCAAGCAACUUGACCGGCUGGCUUGCUCGCUCGUAUCUAUUUUGCAAGUUACAUAUGCUAUGUUUUGACCUUUAUUCUAACAAACGUAUACCUUCCUUGCUAUUUCAGAAUGUAUGAUCAUUAGUCUGUUUGCUAUAAAUCGUGUUUGGUAUGACUUCUCUUUACUUUUGGAAAGUGGAUUCGUGUUUUUAUAUCAAGUACCAAAAGGGAA